AACAUCCACUCUUAGUUGCCCACAUGGGGGGCGGGGGCCCGUACUAACUUCUGCAUACCACCAACUGCACAAUUCGCCGCUCUUCUGCGGUUGGGAGAGACCUCAGAGGCUUGGACAGCUCGAGUCGGGACGAGACGUUCACCCUGUCGGGAGAACAGGGCAGGACGAUUUGACAUGCUUUCACAGGCGCGCCGUGCGCUCGGCGACAGAUCAGGGCCCCCCACCCCUCGGAGGAAUGGCGCAGUCAUGAAUGGCGACGCCCGCCCCAGUAGCCCGGACCUCUCCUCCUGCCCGCUACCUGACUGGAAGGAGUUCUGUGAGCUUCAUGCUCGAGCCUCCGCCUCCGACUUCGCCGACAAGUUCCGCCGCUUCGUCGGCGAGAACCCCAGCUACGACUCGCCGGGCGCCGACACGACCUUCUCCCAGCACUUUGCCCAGCACUUCCUGGAGUGCUUCUCAGCUGAGCUGAGCCGGCCCCGCACGCCUGGCUCCCCGGGGGGGCCCCGCUACAGCAUCGUGCCCUUUGCCGGCCUCCAGAGCUGCCCGCUGCCCUACGGCCAGGACUUCUACCUGCGGCGGGACGCCGGCGCCUCCAGUGAGUCCCUGGACAGCAUGGACAGUGGCCCGGGUAGCCGCAGUCCCCGCUCGCAGCCCCUGGCGCACAAGGUGUCGGCCCUGGGCCAGUCACGCAGCUCCGAGGACGUGUCAGCAGGCCAUCCCAAGGCCCGCUUCAAAAAGGGCUUUUCCCUGCGGAACAUGAGCCUCUGUGUGGUGGACGGAGUCAAGGAGAUCUGGCAUAGGCGUUCGUCGCCAGAGCCCGACGGCGGCCGCAGGGCCAACGGCGAUGCCACGGGGGACAAGUGGAGCCAGCGCCUGCGUUUCUCCAAGGCCUCGCAGGGGCACAAGGCUGAGCAGCUGGAGAUCCAGAGGGAGGGCGCCCUACGCUACAUGGUGGCCGACGACACCAACUGCAUGGGCAGCUCGCAGUGGCAGAAGUGCCGACUGCUUCUGAGGAAGACGGGGCCCCGCACUGAGGGUGAACGCUUCCUGCUGGAGUUCUACGUUCCACCCAAGUCCUCAAAGCCCAAAGUGAGCGUACCCCUCUCCGCUAUCGUGGAGGUGAGGACCACCAUGCCUCUGGAGAUGCCAGAAAAGGACAACACCUUCGUCCUCAAGGUGGAGAAUGGUGAGGAGUACAUCCUGGAGACCAUCGACUCACUUCAGAAGCAUUCUUGGGUAGCAGAUAUUCAGGACUGCAUAGACCCUGGGGACAGUGGAGAUGACAUUGAGUUGGCAUCAUGUCCGCACGGCCAGCCUCACAGGGACUUCUCCAUGGUGUCCUCCUGCAGCUGUGAGCUCCUCUCUGAGGGAGUGCACCGGACCCCUGAGCGACCUUGUGCGGCGGCGGCUGAGCACCACAGCGCCCCCUCUGCCCGUUGCCGAGAAACACCCUUCGUAGAGCACCCUUCACAUAUCCCGUUGGACCGCUUCCUGCAGACAGUGGAGGGGGCGGGAUCAGUUUCAGGGGCCCUUGUUGAGGGGGCACAGGAACCCGAGGCUGACGGCAAUCUCAACCGCUACCCAUGGUUUCACGGGACGCUGUCGCGAGUGCGCGCUGCCCAGCUGGUCCUGGCUGGUGGCGCUCGUAGCCACGGGCUCUUUGUGAUCCGGCAGAGCGAGACGCGGCCGGGAGAGUACGUCCUCACAUUCAACUUCCAGGGCAAGGCCAAGCACCUGCGGCUGUCCGUGAACGAUAACGGUCAGUGCCACGUGCACCACCUGUGGUUCCAGACCCUGCUGGACAUGCUGCGCCACUUCCACACCCACCCCAUCCCGCUGGAGUCGGGGGGGUCGGCCGACAUCACGCUGCGCUGCUAUGUCCAGGCCCAGCGGAGUCCUGCGGAUCCUGCUGCGCCCCGCAUCCCAGCACCCCCUAGAGACCCAGGCUGUCAGAGUGACCCACACCAUUCUCCUCACUACUUCCCUGGAGCCCCACAGCCAGCGCCCCCCCCUACGGACGCACCCCCCUCUUCCUCCAGCACGUCUUCCUCGCCCACCGCCCUGCCCCCCUUCUCCCGGACUGAGCCAGGGGGAGGGGGAGGCGGAGGGGGAGGGAGUGGGUUGCGGAGCCGCAGCAACAGUUCUGAGCGCCUUCUGGAGCCCCCUAGUGGCUCUGCUGAGGACUACCAUGAAAGUGACACCACUAGGAGAGCACGGGCUGUGGAGAAUCAGUAUUCCUUCUAUUGAGGUGGCAGCCUGAGGCCUCAUUGGCUCGGCUUCCGGAAGAAUCCCGCGUAGAAGACGGGUGACAAAGACUGACGUUAUCCAAAUAUACAUUUUUUACAGCACAUAUCAGUUUAUUAAAAUAACACCCCCCCCCGCUUAAGGUUCCCUAAUGAAAUCAUUUUGUAACAGUUGGCUGAGAUACACCAGCCAAAUCCCAAUGAAAUUUAACCUCUGCUUUGGCUUUUAAAGGUCAUGGAUUCACUUCUCAGAACACUGACAGGGAAGAGGAAACGAUCCUGUAUUGACAAAUGCCCUGCUAGCACCAUUUUCACUUUCACUGUUCGAAAGACCCUCUCAGUUACAUUAACGAAUGGUCUGUUGCAUUCUUGUAUGUUUAAAAGCUGCACAAAGAUGACCAUGGAUUUUCCCCUGGUCAUUUGAGUCUCUUCCAUUAGGGUGGCCUUUAUCCUUCACAGACAGGUGUCAUUAGCUUUGGCUUUCAGUGACUCAUUAUACAGUGUAAACUAACCCGGAACGUUCCAGCACAGUAGCUAAUGGAUAAUUUUUACUAGUAUCGGUUGUCUAGUGAGUGAUGACUGACGUGACACAAUUUCACUUUAAUAAUCAGAAGUUAAUUAAUCUUAAAAUGUUUUGUUUGUUGCUGAAGUUGCUCUCAAAAUUUCUGUACUUUCGGGUUUUUUUUUUUGUUUGUUUUAAUGCAGGCCCUGUGGUUUUGGUAAUGAAUGUGUGUGUUGAUAUAGUAAGGGAUGAUUUACAUUUGAAGUAUAUUAUAGAGACCAGUUAUAAAAGACAUUUUGGUAUGGUUUAUUAUUGUUUGUUAUUGUUAUUGUUUUUGUUGAGUGUUAUUUUGUGUUUGUGCUGUGCCCUAGAGCAAAAUUCAUCAGGGUUUGGACUAGAAAACUGCUCCAGAGAGCUGCUCUUUCUGUAAUGUCUGCAGAACCUGCCUCUCUGACUGUCAUCUGUGAAUGGGCCAGUUACACACCAGACAGAAUCACUCUGCCCAGUGUCUGUGAUGUAAGCCACACAAAUCGGCCGUAGCCACGGAGAACUGCAUCACAGAUAGUUUCACUGCCUUGCAGAAAUAUUUUGGCUCUUUGUACAAUGUCCCAUUUUGUAAAAUUACAGUACAAUGUGCACACAAUUUUAAAGCUUAAAAUUUUAAAGAUUAGAUAUAGUGAUUAUUUACUUAUAAACCAUACAUGUUACUGUAAAUGGCAGCACACACUAAAGAGGAAAGCCUAAAUGUAUUAAUUUCAUAAAUGUUUAUACAUGUGAGGUGCAGAUUUGAUGGGGAAAUGUCUGGCAGUGAUUAAAGUUCUUUUUUUUUUAAA